GAAACCAACAAACACUUUGAAACCUGCAAAUCUUUCUGAAGAAGAAGAAGAAGAUGGAAGCAAAUACAACAAAUACGCAAAGGCUAAAAUCGAAGAUCCGAAUUUCCGAUUUCCUAAAGCUAUGACCAAACCUAAGACUCAGCCCGCCGCCGGUGAACUCUGCUAUAAGGAAAUAUUCGAAGAUGAUAUUUGGAGAGCUAAGCAUCUAGCUGAGGAAUUAGCUGCAGGAGCGAAACUAGAUAGGAAAGCAUACCGGAUUCGUAAUACAGAACUUUUCAAAGCUUUUGAAGAUAUGGAUCGGAUUCACAAAGUCUCAAAAGCCACAAUUGGGGUGUUAACUGAAGCUGAAGCUGAUCAGCAUUUUCAGUCGUUUCUUGACUUACUGGGUACUGUCGAACAAGUUAAAACGGCUAAAGAACUCAUCCUAGACAAAAUCCUAGAGACAUAUGUAGGCCCGGUUUUUCCAGUAAUUCUGAUGCCACCAAAGGUACAUAAGCAUGAUAUCAGAAUCCACGUGGACAAGGUUGCACGUCUCGUUGGAGAAAAUGGCAAUAAUGUCUUGGCAAUUGAAGUAGUAUCUGGUGCUUGGUUGCGGGUUAAUAAUCAACCUCCUGCUGAUGGUCCAAAUUAUGAGAGAAUAGUGAACAUAUAUGGUCCCAAGACACAUGUUAUCAGGGCUGUUUCGUUAAUUCACUCACAAGUCUAUGAGCCUGGGGAAUGUCUUGAAGCAGAAGAUGAGUUGGAGAUGUUGUUUGAAGAACUUACUUUUAGUGAGGUGAUGGAGGGUAUGGAAUCUCGUAUUCCUCAGAUGGAUGACCUUGUGCGAGCUGCUUUUGCUUCGGGUUCUGGUUCUGGUUCCAGUUCUGGUCAAACAGAAGGCGAAAAGCUGCAGCAGGAUGUGGAAGUAGCUGAAGAUAAAGAUGAAUCAAAAGGCAAAAAGAAGCAGCAGGAUGUGAAAGAAGCUGUUUCUGGUGAGCCCAAGGGGUCUGUUGACCAGCUUGAUUAAGAAGUAGAUGUUGCUCUCCAGUUACUGACUCUGGUGCCAAACUGUUGCUUACUAUAGUUUUGUGAAAUAAAAUACAAACCAAACAUCUCUAAGUGCCAAUAGAAAACGACUUUUAUGUGUUGGCUGCAUGCGUGCUAAUAGAAAACGAAAAUGAUACGCUAGAACAUACAUUUUGCC